CCCCCGCGGCCGCUCCCGGCCACCCUCCCUCGCCAGUGCGGAACCGCGGGAGGAGGGGGGGGGCGAUGGAGAUGAAGAAGCGCAUCAACCUGGAGUUGCGGAACCGGGCCCCCGAGAAGGUGACGGAGUUGGUGCUCGAUAACUGCCGGUCCAGCAACGGGGAGAUCGAAGGGCUCAAUGACUCCUUCAAGGAACUCCAGUUCCUCAGCAUGGCCAACGUCGAGCUGACGUCGCUGGCCAAGCUGCCCACGCUGAGCAAGCUCAGGAAGCUGGAGUUGAGCGACAACGUCAUUUCUGGAGGCCUGGAGGUCCUGGCAGAGCGAUGUCCAAAUCUCACAUAUCUAAAUCUAAGUGGCAACAAAAUCAAAGAUCUUGGCACUGUGGAAGCUCUUCAAAAUCUGAAGAACCUGAAGAGCCUUGACCUGUUCAACUGUGAGAUUACGAACCUGGAGGACUACAGGGACAGCAUCUUCGAGCUGCUGCAGCAGAUCACGUACCUGGACGGGUUCGAUCAGGAGGACAACGAGGCGCCCGACUCGGAGGAUGACGAUGACGAAGGGGAUGAAGAUGACGAUGAUGAUGAGAACGAAGCUGGGCCUCCAGGAGAAUAUGAAGAGGAAGACGAUGAAGAUGAUGGAGCUUCAGAUCUGGGGGAAGGUGAAGAGGAGGAGGAAGUUGGUCUUUCUUACCUGAUGAAAGAAGAGAUUCAGGAUGAAGAGGACGAUGACGACUACGUUGAAGGAGGCGAUGAGGAGGAAGAAGCAGAGGGCGUCCGAGGGGAGAAGAGGAAACGAGAGCCCGAGGACGAAGGCGAGGAAGAGGAGGAUUAAUCCGCAGGACCAGCCUCUCCAGUUACGGAAGACGCAAUAGUGAUUAUGCAGCUCUGUAUGUCCAUGUACCAUAGGUGUCCCGACAGAAAUCCUAUGUUAACUUUUUAUAGCAGAAGUGUGGUUUUACUAUUCCUGCCCCUUUUAUCAUUCCAGAUAAGCUCUGAUAGCCCGUAGGAACCUUCUGUAGAGAACAAUUUUCAGUCCUAUAAUCACUGAAGCCAUUGGCAAAUUCCCCCCCCCACUCCUCCUCCUCCCCACCAGACUUUUUCUUUGGAGCUCUUUAAUUUCGUACAAACUUGCUGUGUUGGUCAUCGUUAGCCCCGAGUCCAACCCCCCCCUUGCCCCAUGGGUUUAAUAUUGGGAACUUCCUUCAGGAUUUUAAAGUUUUUAUGCUUAAAAAGAUAAAUUGAACAACGCUCUGUGGCAAAUUUCACAGUCUCUUAAAUCAGUUGAUGCUGAGUUUUCCAGGGAUUCCACUGGAAACCCCCAACUAGAUGACACCCGUGUUUCAGGUUUUUACAAAGUGUCUCCCGUGAUAUUUUUUAAGGCUUCUCUCCAAUUUGGGUGUUCCAGGGUGAAGCCUCAGCGGGUUUCAGAAGAUCUUUUUGUUUUCCUGCUUGCUCCGAUGCUCAGUGUUUGGGGUAUUCGCUAGAUUCCUUCAGGGGUGUAUUUUGGCAAACAGAAAGAGUUGUGUUCCAUACAGGGUUGCAACCCAUAAAUUUUUCUCUCCCAAACCCAUUGUCACUGCAAGUAUUAACAAAGCAAUUAAUGUGUAGUUUUAACCCAUUUCGCUAGAAAUCUUUGUUAAACCUUCACUCACUUCGCUCUCGCAUUGUCAUUGUGGGAAUUCUGCACCAAUCAUGGCUAUAAAAUGUGUAAAAUAGAUGAAAUAUGCAUUUCUGAUGCAGAAGUGAACGGGUAACUCCUCCAAGCGCGUUGUUUUCCAACCCCUUUUCCCCCCCCCCAGCUUUUCUAGAACCGUUGAAGGGAAGGAUGAACCCAAGCUGGUCCUUCUCUGCACGUCACCUCUCAGACUGUAAAUCUGGCCGAAGGCGAAACGCUCAGUUCAACGUGUGACAGUCAGGAAUAUUCGGGGGUUUAUCUCGAGGUGCAGGGGAUGUGCAGAGAAGCUUUUCCCAGCAGCCUUUAAUGAUUCCCAACAGUUCUGCCCCGAUUGUACCACCUUUCCUGUCGGAAACAAGCCCCGACUUCCAGCGUUCCCCCUUCCGCCGCGGUCUGGGUUUCACGCAGCGCAGUCGUGGUUUCACGCCGACUGACGCCUCACGUAGGUCCUGAACCAAAUAUCACACACAGCUUUAUUCCAGAGACUUAUUUUUGUAUCUGUCCUGGCUGCCGAGAGCUGCCGGAAACUGGGGAGAGCCCGCGGGUAGGAAGAGGGAGAUCCCUGGGCCUGAGUCAGUCCCCAUCGCCCGGUUCCCUGUGGAUGUUCCGUAGGAAUUGCCCACAGUAGUUCGAUGUGACCUCCGGCUCUUCAGUGGAGUGCAGAUCGUGCAGGGUUGAAGUUCUGCAAAGCCCCGUUCCCUCUGCGUGUGGUUUUUUCCCCCCCAACUAGAGCCUUAACUCCGGGUUUCUCCUGUAGCUGUGCAGUGGCCUCGGAGCGGAGUCAGGCGGGCGGUGGCACACUCGGGAACAGCUGACUCCUUGGGCUUUGUGUUUUUUUUAAGGAAUAUCUCCAAAAACGCUGGAAAAGUCAUGGUGAAACUUCCUUUGCGGCCACAACCGAGUCCUGUGUUUGUGAUGAGUCCUGGGUGGGUCAUUGCACAGUCCAUCAUGUCCUGGGGGCUCUGGGCGAGGCACUCGCUCCACGCUCAGCUUUGAGAGAAAAGGUGUUUCCCCAUCCUUUUGCUUAUUGUUUUUAGAUUGAAACCUGUUAUUUAUAAGUGUUGUCCGUUACAGCACCUCCCUGUCAGGGCUUUCCUUAACUCUCUGUUACCGAUGCAGAUAAAAUUAGUUUUAAAU